AUGCUGGUCGAGCUCAAGAGCGGCGAGACGCUCAACGGGCUGCUGGUCAACUGCGACACAUGGAUGAACCUGACAUUACGAGAGGUGGUGCAGACCAGCGCCGACGGCGACAAGUUCAUGCGGCUGCCGGAGAUCUACGUGCGCGGCAGCACAAUCAAGUACCUGCGCGUGCCCGACGAGAUCAUCGAGGUCGUCAAGGAGCAGCAGCUCAAGGACCAGGCCCAGCGCGGCGGCCGCGGCGGCAUGCAUUCGAGAGGCGACCACCGC